CAGCUGUCAACUGUCACAAAUUUAACCUCACAUUAGCGUGGGUGUUUUUCAUUGAUUGUAAAUUAAUUUUGCGUUUUUCUGAGUAAAUUAGUACCUAAUGUCUCGUUCUGGCGAUAUUUUGGGAAUAAUUCGCGGUUUACAGCUUGUGGUUGAGGCAGCCGCAAAAUUGCACUCUUCCGAACUCAAACAGAUCUGGGCAAACUCAAAUUAUCGCGUCUUUAUCCAAGACUGCAUCACCCAAAAUCGAACUAACUCAAACAAUGUCACUAACAUCGUUUCGGAGACUGCGGACCGCGUUGCCACAGUCUGCCAUGGCCUUAAGGCGUACGCCUCUAACACAUCUCCUAAAGAUGGUUAUUAUCAAAACUUAAACGAUGCCAGUGAGGAUUUGAAAGAGCCGCCAAGGGCCGAAAGUGACAGGGCGCAAUUUCAAAUUAAAUUAACUAAAAGUGACCAAGAACUGCUGAAGAAGCUAGAUUUGGAACAUCAGGAGAAAUUGAGACAGGUGGAGAUGGAACAAGACAAGGCGAAAAAGCGGGAUGAAGAGAAAAAGGCGGAGAGCAAGGGCCAAGUCACGGCCAGUCCGAACCCCAAGUCAAAAUUGAAGUUGAGCGAACACUCAAAACAGCGAAAAGUCCCGUCAUCUAGAAUCGGCCGAAUGAUAUCUUUUGGAGGCCUUGCGGCGGGCUUAGGUUUCGGGACGGCAACAGAAUAUGCGAAAAGAACUUUUGGUUUUGGCCAGUCGGCAGACCCUUCCACCCUUUUCCUCAACCCCAACAACUUGGACCGAAUCGUGGAUACGUUGUGUAAAGUCAGAGGAGCGGCCUUAAAGCUGGGCCAGUUGCUGAGCAUCCAGGACGACAGUGUAAUCAAUCCCGAGUUGGCUAAGGCCCUAGAAAGGGUGCGAAAAUCGGCCGAUUUUAUGCCGAAUUGGCAAGUUGAGCAAGUCAUGACUGCUGAAUUGGGGCCAAAUUGGCGUUCCCAGUUUUUGGAGUUUGAGGAAAAACCGUUCGCUGCUGCGUCAAUUGGCCAAGUCCAUUGGGGGCGAAUUAGCGACGGACGUGAAGUUGCUAUCAAAAUCCAAUAUCCGGGAGUUGCGAAAGGCAUUGAGAGUGAUAUUGAUAAUCUGGGAGGGAUUAUGAAAUUUUGGGACGUUUUUCCCCGGGGAAUGUUCUUGGAGAAUUUAAUGCGAGUUGCGAAAAGAGAGUUGGCUUGGGAGGUGGAUUACAGGAGAGAGGCCGAGUGUACGAGGAUUUUUCGACGAUUGUUAGCUCCUUAUAGUGAUUACUACGUACCUGAAGUUAUAGAUGAACUAUCAACGAAUCAAGUAUUUACAACCGAGCUUCUUGACGGUGUUCCGGUCGACCAAUGCUUCGAUAUGCCGCCCGAAGACCGGCGUUUCAUCGCUGAAAAAAUCAUAGAGUUGUGUUUACUCGAGUUGCUUGAGUUCAGAUACAUGCAGACCGAUCCAAACUGGGCCAAUUUCCUAUACAACCCACGAAAAAAACAAAUCAUGUUGCUCGAUUUCGGAGCCAGUCGUGAAUAUUCCAAGCCUUUUAUGGAUCAGUACGUUAAAAUUCUUAAAGCGUCGUGUGACGCCGAUCGAGAAACGGUCUUGCAAGUCUCGCGGGAAUUGGGAUUUUUGACGGGUUAUGAGAGCAAGGUGAUGGAAGAUGCUCACGUAGACGCCGUGAUGAUAUUAGGUGAAGUCUUCCGAUGUGCGGACGCUUACGAUUUCGCUGCUCAAGAUAUGACGGCCAGAAUACAAAAUUUGGUUCCGACAAUGGUCACGCACCGGCUUUGUCCACCUCCGGAAGAAGUGUAUUCCUUACAUAGGAAAUUAUCAGGGGUUUUCUUGCUGUGUUCGAAACUAAAAACCUCCGUUUCUUGCAGGGAUAAAUUCUUAAGUUUGUAUAGCAAAUAUACCAGUGCCGUGUAGUUUUGUAGCGUUGGAAUGUAACAGGUUUUGUAACAAAUUUUAAAUAAAGAUUAAUCAAAUUGUU